AUGACGUCAACCGCCUACUUCUCCAAACCUCUCGUCACGCCUUCAAUUUUGUUCAUGGUGUGUUCGCCGGGCUUGAUACACCGUGCACAUGACGUGGCAGGUUUGCUUGAAGAGGCCUGCGCCUAUCAGAUUGUGGAUACAAACAGGGCGUUUGAACAGCUGAUGGAAGGAGUGGAAGCGGGUACGAAGCCAAGUGAACGAAUCCUCAUUAUGCCCGCCGUCGCAAAUGACCGAGCUGGUCGAACUGUAUGCUACAACGUCUUAUGUGAAAGAAACAUCCCGCUCCACGCAGCGGGUUGCAUUGCGAUUAUGGACAAUACCUUUCCCCCUACCAAGUUGUUUGACCCACUCAAUAAAGCAGAAACAGACAACUGGAUUUCUACAGAUUUCAUGUGCGUCAUAAGAACUGAAGUAACUUUAUACACACACUCAGUGAGUGUGAUCUUGACCAUUUUAGGAAGAAGUUGCCGAGCUAAAAGAGUUCAUUGCGGUUUUGUUACCGAUAUUGGUAUCUUGACUGGUAAGUGCUUUCUACAUAUGUAUCAUGGUGGUGACUUUGCGCCGCUCCUUAUUGACUUCACACAUUUACAAACUAAUUAA